AUGCACGCCACGGGCCCGUCCAUUCGCGACGAGCCACACGCUAGUGCGGAAGCGGAAGGGCGGGUGGCAAGCCGACGCGUGCCUGCCGAGCUUGGCCCUUUGGGCCUGCCCGCAUUCCAAUUUCUCCUGCAGCUCAUUUCAACGCCGACAGGCGCUUGCUGGGAUCGCGAACAAUUCUAUGUCCGGCCCUCGGCCCGUCUCGAGCGAGGCUCCCUGGCGGCGUUGACCGCUGCAUCCGUGGUUGCUGUUCGCCGUCCCAGACGACGGUCGGCGAGGGCAGGGUGCAGGGUGAAGGGUGCAGGAGAACGCAUGGUGGCAGGCGACCAUGUCUUACGCACCGUGGCAUCGACGCAGAUGCAGAUGGCGCUUUGGGCGAGCACUCCCCGUCUCGCAUCUGGCCUUUGCUUCUCGCGCUCAGCUGCGAAGCAUAAAGCGCAUCCAAAGCUCGAUGGCGAGACGCUUGUCAUUGUCGAGCCGACGUCGGCUGACUCGUUCCGCUUCGACGGCUCCUCGUUCGCGCCCUAUCUCACCUCGACCGCAUUGGCCACAGGAACCACUUUGCGAGCAUCUGAGUUGAGGCGCCUGGCUCGCGAUUCGGCUGGUCCGAAGAUCCAGAAGGAUGAAGUCGGGGAGCGUGUGACCGUAUGUGGCGCUCCUUGGGGGCAAGGGGCGGGCAAGCUCCGCCGAAUCGGCGUCAAAGACACGCAAGUGGCUCGACGGCUUUUUAUGCGAGCUGCGUCCAGGCAGGGUGACCAGACGCGUGCAGCGGUGCAGCAGCAGCCGCCGCCCAGCUCGGCUGAUCGCUGCAACCCACCAGCCACGCUAAGGGGCGCCACUCCUUCCAAGGCCGAAAAGCCCUGA